AUGUCACUCAAGACGGAUGAAAAGGUCCAAGUGUCAACGCGUGAUGUGCGCCAGGCCGCUGAAAUAGGCCAAACCGCCACAGACAGAUAUGGCGCGGCCCUCGUGGCAUACAAUCCUGCAACAGAGCGCAGGCUGCGACUAAAGAUUGACUUUUACAUCGUCCCAACAGUGUCGCUGCUGUAUCUCUUUUGCUUUAUCGAUCGCGCAAACAUUGGUAAUGCAAAAAUCGCAGGUCUCGCGAGCGACCUCAAACUGGAAGGAUACGACUACAAUGCCGUCAUCUCUGUUUUCUUCGUCUCCUACAUCAUCUUCGAGAUCCCGGCAAAUUUGGCCUGCAAAUACAUAGGACCAGGCUGGUUUCUUCCCCUGAUAACGGUUCUGUUUGGCGUGUGCUCUUUAUCAACUGCGUAUGUCAAUACCAUGGGCCAGGCCGCCGCCGUCCGAUUCCUGCUCGGUAUUUUCGAGGCUGGCAUGAUGCCUGGAAUUGCGUACUAUCUAUCUCGCUGGUACCGCCGCUCCGAGCUGGCCUUCAGACUAUCUCUAUACAUUGUCAUGUCGCCGCUGGCCGGAGCGUUUGGAGGCUUGCUAGCAUCUGCUAUCCUCAAUCUCGACCACGUUGGCGGUGUUCAUAAAUGGCGGAUGAUUUUCGUUGUCGAGGGCAUCAUCACCAUUGGCCUUGGUCUUGUUGGCUUUCUGACCUUGACUGAUCGCCCAGAAACGGCGCGUUGGCUGUCUCAGGACGAGAAAGAUCUGGCCAUUGCGCGUAUCAAGUCUGAGAGAAUUGGUACCACCACCAUUCUUGAUAGUAUGGACAAGAGCAGGAUCAAGAGAGGCAUCUUUAACCCUGUGACAGCCAGCACAUCUUUCAUAUUCCUCUUGAACAACAUCACAGUCCAGGGACUGGCAUUCUUUGCCCCGACAAUCGUUGCCACUCUGUUCAAGGGAAAGACGACAACGCAACAGCAGCUGCUGACUGUGCCACCAUACGUGGUGGGAGCAUUCUUCACCGUCUUGUUCCCGCUCCUGAGCUGGCGCCUCGACAGGCGGCAGAUCUUUAUCAUACUCUCUGCGCCCAUGGUCAUGAUAGGAUAUGCAAUGUUCCUUGGCUCAACGGAUCAAAAGGUCCGAUACGGCGCAACGUUCCUCAUCGCCUCCUCCGCAUUCGCGCUGGGGCCCCUAACAAAUGCGCAGGUUGCCGCAAAUGUUGUCGGCGACACGGCUCGCAGCGCGGCAAUCGGCACCAACGCCAUGAUGGGCAGUGUUGGCGGUCUGAUCAGUGGGUGGGCGUUUCUUCCCUUUGAUGCACCGGAUUACCACAUCGGUAAUGGACUGAAUUUGGCCACGUCGGGAACGGUCUUGAUUUUGGCUACACUGACGCUGCUGUGGAUGAUUCGGGACAAUAAGAAGAGGGGGAGCAAAGAUAUUGAUGCGGAGUUGAACGGCCUGACUCAGGAGCAGGUUGAGAACCUGGACUGGAAGCACCCGGCUUUCCAGUGGAGAUAUUGA